CUAACGUCGCCAUCAUGCUGCGUCUUUGCGUGCUGCGUGCCACUGGUAGAGCGCAGUUCUAGUCGCGUCGUUCGUUCAGUGAAACGUGAUCGUUCGCCGCCUAUGUAUCUUUGUAGACUGUUUCCGACAGCCACAUAAGAUGUACCAAUAUGAAUAAUACAGGCAAUAAGCAAUCGUAACAAAACUACGUGUUGACGUUAAAAGUUUAAAGUAAUCGUUCGAUAUCGACUGUGUUCGUAAGCGAGUUAUGUAUUGGUUUUACAUGUUUUACCGAGGCCACCGUCGAACUUUGACAGACGCUAGCAUGUCACGUCUAAACGUGGUAAUCUUUGUGCUAGGUGCUUGGAAUCUUAUUAACGCAGUAUCUGCAACACAAGAUGGUCAGUGUAUUUGGUAUGGAGAAUGUUACACAGACAUGUAUAUGCACAAAAAGAAUUGUCCUUAUACAGGACCAGCUAAGUUAUUGGAUAAUGAAGGUCAAAAACUAUUGGCUAAAAAUUGUCCUCAUUUAAUGAUUGAUUCUGGAAAUGGGAUUAACACCUGCUGCGAUACAAAUCAGUUAAAAACAAUGGAUCAAAAUAUUAAACUAGCAUCUAAUUUUUUAAACAGAUGUCCUAGUUGUUUGGAUAAUUUAGUAAAGCAUUUCUGUGAAUUUACUUGUAGCACAGUACAAAGCAAGUUUAUCAAUGUUACAGAAAUACAAACAGAGAAAAAUGUAAAAUAUGUCAAUGGCAUAGAUAUAUAUAUAACAAAUAAGUAUUUGGAAGGUACAUUUAAUUCCUGUAACAAAGUAUCAGUACCUAGCACUGGACAGUUAGCAAUGGAUUUAAUGUGUGGCAUAUGGGGAGCUAGUAGAUGUACCACAUUAAAAUGGUUCCAUUAUAUGGGUGAUGCAGCAAACAAUCAAUAUGUACCAUUUCAAAUUACAUAUAAAAAUACUGAUGAACCUGUAGGUUCAUUUAUUCCUGUAGACCCUAAAAUUACUCCUUGCAAUAAAGCAUUAAAUAAAAAUACUCCAGCAUGCAGUUGUGUAGACUGCGAAGCCAGUUGUCCAGUACCACCAUCACCACCUCCCUUACCAACACCUUUCACCAUUUUUGGCUAUGAUGGCUAUGCUGUAAUGAUGAUCAUUACUUUUGUGUGUGGUUCGGCCCUUUUCAUCUUAGCCAUUGUAUGCUUCAAUAAUAGAAAACAAAUUGUUGCACGAGGUGAGGAAGUAGGAAGGCAGGUGGGUAGACGCCUAGCCGCAGGGUUACACCACCCAGGAGAUGGUGCUCGUAUUGCUCUCGCCGCAGACCAGGAAGACAGCCCACUUCAAUCUAAACGUUCCAGUGUGAUAUCUGCAGAUGAUUUGCCGAGCGGAUUCGACGAUGAAGAACAAUCAACAUUCAUCGAAAGAUUAGGUGCAGGCACCGACAAACUGUUAGCAGAAUUCUUUUGUUGGUGGGGUACAGCAUGCGCGUCACGACCGUGGUUUGUCCUCUUCGUUGGUUUCUUAUUUAUCAUUAGUUUGGGACAUGGAAUAAAAUAUAUACAUGUUACCACUGAUCCAGUUGAAUUAUGGGCUGCUCCACAAUCUCGAUCACGAAUUGAAAAAGAAUAUUUCGAUCAACAUUUUGAACCAUUCUAUAGAACUGAACAAAUAAUUAUAACAUCAAUUGGUUUGCCGAACAUUGUACAUAAUACAUCCAAUGGUCCAGUUAUCUUUGGUCCUGUAUUUAAUGAUACCUUCCUCAAAACUGUCUACAAAUUACAAGAAGAAAUAAAGAAGAUAACAACUCCAAAUAAUUAUACCUUAGCAAACAUAUGUUUUGCUCCAUUAACCGGUCCGUUUACAGGACCGCCAACAGUGUCACAAUGUGUCAUUCAAAGUAUUUGGGGAUAUUGGCAAGACAGUGUAGAAGCUUUCGAUUACACUACUGUAGAUGAUGAUAAUUUUACAGUAAAUUAUUUAGAUCACUUCAGAGUUUGCUCGCAAAACGCAUAUAAUCCUGAAUGUCUGGCACCAUAUGGUGGUCCUGUGGAACCAGCAAUUGCAGUUGGGGGAUUUUUAUCACCAGGUCAAGAUCUCCAGAAUCCUUCAUAUGAGAAAGCCACAGCAGUAAUUUUAUCUAUACUAGUAAAUAAUUAUCAUAAUAAAUCCAAGCUACAUCCAGCAAUGGAAUGGGAAAUGAGUUACGUCAAAUUUAUGAAAAAUUGGAUAGUGACAAACAAACCAGCAUUUAUGGAUAUUGCUUUUACUUCAGAACGUUCAAUAGAGGAUGAAUUGAAUCGUGAAUCUCAAUCAGAUGUUUUAACUAUUCUUGUCUCAUAUAUUAUUAUGUUUGCAUAUAUUGCGAUUUCUCUUGGGCAGAUAAAAAAUUGCAGUCGACUUUUGAUCGACUCUAAAAUUACUCUUGGCCUUGGUGGUGUACUUUUGGUAUUGGCCUCUGUUGUCUGUUCUGUUGGUUUAUUUGGUUUUGUUGGCAUUCCAGCUACGCUCAUUAUUAUUGAAGUCAUACCAUUCCUUGUCCUUGCUGUUGGAGUAGACAAUAUUUUCAUACUUGUCCAAACACAUCAAAGGGAAAGUCGUCGUCCUAAUGAAUCAAUACCUGAACAUAUCGGUCGUAUUCUCGGUCAAGUGGGACCAAGCAUGUUGCUUACCAGUGUUUCAGAAAGUUGUUGUUUCUUCCUUGGUGGAUUAUCUGAUAUGCCUGCCGUUAAAGCUUUUGCUCUAUAUGCCGGUAUGGCAUUAUUAGUAGAUUUUGUGCUACAAGUAACCUGUUUCGUUAGCUUAUUAGCACUAGAUACUGUUCGUCAAGCAAAUAACAAACUUGAUGUAUGUUGUUUUAUUCGUGGAUCGAAGAAAGACGAUGGGGAGGAAGUAGUAAACGGAAUUUUGUAUAAACUUUUCAAAGUUGUGUAUGUUCCACUAUUGUUGAAAAAAUGGGUGCGUGCAUUUGUUAUGAUAGUAUUUUUUGGAUGGAUUUGUUCAAGCAUUGCGGUUGUUCCGCACAUUGAAAUUGGUCUAGAUCAGGAACUUUCUAUGCCUGAAGAUAGUUUCGUCUUGAAAUAUUUCAAAUUUUUAAAUAGUUACUUAUCUAUUGGACCACCAAUGUACUUUGUUGUAAAAGAAGGAUUAAAUUAUUCUAACAAAGAUAUGCAGAAUCUUGUAUGUGGCGGUCAAUAUUGUAAUAACGAUUCGGUAUCGACUCAAAUAUUUAUAGCAUCAAAACAAUCAAAUAGGACAUACAUAGCAAAACCUGCAUCAUCGUGGCUAGAUGAUUAUAUCGACUGGUCUCAAUUGUCGAUGUGUUGCAAAUAUUUUGUUUCAAAUGAUUCUUUCUGUCCGCAUACAGGAUCUAGUAAAUAUUGCUCUUCGUGUAAUAUCACCACAAAUAAUAUUGGAAGACCUAUACCAACAGACUUUGAACGAUAUGUAUCAUUUUUCUUGCAAGAUAAUCCUGAUGAAAUGUGCGCUAAAGCAGGUCAUGCUGCUUAUGGUCACGGUGUUAACUAUGUUACUGACCUUGAAACAGGCCUGUCGAAAGUCGGGGCGUCCUAUUUUAUGGCUUACCAUACUAUAUUAAAAACAUCCGCCGAUUAUUACGAAUCGAUGAGAGCUGCAAGAGCUAUAUCAGCAAAUAUAACAGAGACGAUUAACAACUAUUUAAAAAGUAUCGGCGACAGUUCAACUGUUGAGGUGUUUCCAUACAGCAUAUUUUAUGUUUUUUACGAGCAGUACUUAACAAUGUGGCCGGACACGUUAUAUAGUAUAGGGAUAUCCUUAAUUGCUAUUUUUGUGGUAACUUUCCUUUUGAUGGGUUUGGACAUAUUUUCCUCUGUUAUUGUUGUAAUUACCAUUAUGAUGAUUGUCGUUAAUAUUGGUGGUUUAAUGUAUUGGUGGCACAUAACAUUAAAUGCAGUAUCCCUCGUUAAUCUUGUUAUGGCUGUUGGAAUUGCCGUUGAAUUUUGUAGUCAUUUGGUACACUCCUUUUCAGUAUCGGUAAAAACAACACGUGUUGAAAGGGUUGCUGAUGCAUUGACGAAUAUGGGAAGUUCAAUUUUUAGUGGUAUCACUCUUACGAAGUUUGGUGGAAUUAUAGUACUCGGUUUUGCUAGAAGUCAAAUCUUUAAGGUAUUCUACUUCAGAAUGUACCUGGGUAUUGUGUUGUUUGGGGCUGCACAUGGUCUAAUAUUCCUGCCAGUAUUAUUAAGUUACAUUGGCGUGAUGUCGCGCCGAGGGCGUAGAAAAGCCCACGAAUGUGCCAGCAGGGCUAGAAACGAAUGUAGGAGUCAAGUGUGUGGGCCUGACUCUCCUUUACUCCAAAAUGACAACAAUCAGUACCCAACCACUUCCUACGCCAGUGUGAACUCCAUAGAGCAGUUACAUCAAGUGACUUUUUAGCAUUAAUCGUUAUCCGAAUUAACUCAUAAAACGACUUUUAUACUUAGAGAGACUGAACAUAAUCUGUUUGUAUAAUACAGAAUUAUUUUUACUAUAUAUGUAUGAUCAACAAUUUUUUCUUUUUUUAAAUUUCAGUAGAUUUGCGUCUGAUGUUGAAUGGAGAUCGAGAAUCAUGUAAUCGAUGCGAACUAUGAAGUUCACGUCUGGUAUAUUUCGUAACUAGGAAGAAAAUUUUCGUAUCUUGUUGUUACUAUUAACAUAAUAAGAUUGCGUUAUAUUUAAGAUAUUUAAUUAUAAAAGAACGUCUCAUAAUUUUACAUCAUUCUAUUUCUAAAGCUUUAAGAUUUAUGGGUAUAAUAUCUGAAAUGGUGCAAUUGAUCAAAUCAAUUGGAAGUGUCAAGAGAUAUUGUAAUAUGAUUUUAAUUAAUCUUAAUUUUAUGUUUUCCGGUAUUUUUUCAGUGGAAAUGCGUAAAUCUGUGUUGCUUGGCAAACGGUAAAUGUACCUGCAUUUUUAUCGUGCUUUAUCUCUAUUUGUGCAUUUUGUCAUUGCGAGGUAAUAUUAGUUUCCGAUAUAGGUGUCGUAUAAUGCAGGUUUCGAAUAAACCAAUUCAAUGGUAAGAUUUGUAUAUCAUAUCAAAAGGUUUAAGAUAAACAGCGUAUUCCUUUUAAUGUCUUUUCGAAUACUUUGCAUAAUAUGACUCGAAAUUUCAUCUAAAAAUAUUAACCGUCCAUAAUUGAAAUGAAAUAUCGAAUAUGUACAAAUUUGAAUUUUGUAUUGUAUAAAUCAUUAGAGAAUUAUAUAUACAUAUAUGUAAGCCGUAAUUCUCAACGUAAGUAGAUUUAGAUUAACAGCUUAAAAUUCGUGCGGCAUCCAUAUCGGAGUACAUUUUACCCUGAUUUUCUUUCCAUGAUAUAUGUAUAAACGAUAGUACUCGUUGUUUCUUAUAUAUGGUUGAUAUUAGUAACAGUUUCCAGAAAUAUGUUUUUAGUUCAAACCAAGCAUCCGGAAACUAUUUCGUAUUCCCUUUAUUUUUUUUUCUUUUUUACAACCGAUAUAUAUUUUAGGCAAAGUUUUUUAUUUGAUUUUGUUUUGUCUGCAAUCUUAUUGGAUAUGGGUAAUAUUAAACAGGUCACAGCAAAUAUCUAAGUACUAAAAGGAAAAGGCAAUGACAAAUUAUUAUUUUUUACUAUGCAGUAGCCACUUGGUUUUAGUAGGUUUCGUUCUUACAAUUUGCCUAAUUAAUUCUAGGUAAUUAAGACAUUCGAUAAAUGGAAAAAACAGGUAGUUAGCCUUAUUACUAGAAGUUAAAUGAUAUAGUCGUAUUAGUGCUUAAUUUCUUUUGCGUGCUUCAUCGGUGUAAAGUGUCUCCUAAGAGUUGUACGUUUCUGCUCAAUAUCUGUAACAAAUUUAAACAGUAUUGUUUUUUCAUAUGAGAAGUUGAACAUAGAAAAGUGUUCGGAUAGCUUGAUUGCAUCGAAACGAUAUCAAUGUCCUUUAUAAAUAUGGAUAUUUCCUGUUGCGAGUUGAACUCGAACAUGUUUUCUAAAUUAUUUGUAUACGAAUAACAAUUUUUAUACUGACAACAAAAGAAUACGUAAUGCAAUGUUGCAAAAAAUCUCGUUAGUUAAAUAAUAGAUGAUUCGUUGGCGAUUGUUACGAUAUUAUGCUAUGUAUAUACACAGGUAAAAUGAUAUUCUUUCAUAUAAAUCUAUGUUUGUAAAUCCGGUUGAGUAUUCCUUACACAUCAAAUUAGUAUUCAAGCGGUUAAAGGCAUGUCCUACAUAUAUACAUGGUUAACAAAAAAGAAGUACUAUGACUGUUAAAUAAAAGGUGCCAUAAUUUGGCAACAAGUACGUAAAAUUAUACUUGGGUUCAUUCAUAUGUCAAAAUGUCAUAAACAUAUCAUUGCAAAAUCUUCAGUAUUAAAUUUUUGUGACGAGCAAAGCAUGGCGAUACUACCAAAGAGAUGUCCGAUCAACACGACGAUACUGUGUUAACACGUAAUAUGAAUAAAAAUUUUUCUGUUUGUACAAUACAA